AUGAAGAUUAAAACUUUCCUUCUGAUGUGCGCAUUAACAAGUGCAAUUCGACUCUAUCGGGGAAAGAGGGAUGUCGGCGCGGGGAAAAUACGACUGGAGGAUGAUGAUGACCUCAAGCACGAUCCGUUCGACGUAACAACGCCAGAAGACACGAUAGAUGGAUUCGCCAUUGGCGAACAGGAUUUCUGGAGACACAUGAGGAGACGGAAGAUGGUUGUUGCCAUUCUUCUGGCUCUCGCGACUGCAUUGGAUGCGGCUGCGGUUGGGUAUACAGUCACGAGCGACGACGCACAGAAGCUGCUAAGCGCUACUCUACAACUUUCUUUCUCCCUCUACGCACUGGCUCUCUCUGCGGGAGCAUCAUGGACCGACGAUGCUGAAACGCAUUGCGAAACUAUCUUACAUCUUGCCGUCCUUUCCGGUUUGGCUGCUUUGUCUCUACUCUUUACGGCGAUUCUAUCAGAGCCAGAUAGACAUAAUACUCCAGGAGAUAGCGUCAUGCACCUCCUUUGGUAUAGCGCCGUUGGCUUAUAUGCCUUAGUCUGCGCCCUCGCGUCCACAAUCCAGACAGGCCCGCCGCUGAACCACCGACCCGAGCUCCUGUAUUCGGCAAAGACAGUGAGGUCAAUCACCAACACAGACCAAGAAAACGUAUGUGGAAGCAUUGGAUCGUCUUUGUGGGGGACCCUCGUGUUCUCUUACACGACAAAAGUUGUCUGGCUAGGCAACCUCGCAUCAAGUUUCGAAAUUGGAGACUUACCCAUCAUCCCAGCAAGAUUACGAGCCGUGUACAACUACUCUCGAAUGAAGGAUGGAAUGGGAAGAUUUGCGUUCUCAGUCCUCGGUUGGAAGCCUCGUCCAGGCUCAGGUUGGGACCUUGGGUACAAAUUGGCUCGUUUGAACAGUGCAGCACUCAUUAUCCAGCUUUCGAUUUCAGCUGCGACAGCAAUUCUCUUUUACGCCCCUGCACUCUUCAUGCGUCACCUCAUUUCGUAUUUGGAGGGUGACCCUGCACGAGAAGAUAGGGGCUGGGGGUGGGCAAACGCUUUCGGACUUUUUACAGCCAACGCGGUCGUCUUCAUCAUAUCAGCCCAGUUAUGGUUCUUCGUAACGACCAGGAUCGAAAUACCACUUGGAAUCCAAGUAAACACCAUUCUUUUCGCCAAAACUCUCGUUCGAAAAGACGUCACCUCAGGCUCAGAAAACGCGAUCAUUGGUGAAGAAAGGGAGAAUGAGGAUAUCGCAGAACCGUCACCAUCCAAUGACAGCGAAGGCAAUGCGUCGAGCAAGGCACGGGUUAUGAAUCUAAUGACAAUGGAUGUGAAUAGCAUCAGCGGAACUGCGUGGAUACUUUUCACCCUCGUCGAUUCCCCUGUUCAGAUCGUUGUCGGCGUUCGCGAAAAGCUCAUGAAUGCUCGAGAUGAGCGUGUCACACUCACCAAUGAGAUCCUGGGGGCCAUCCGAACGCUUAAGUUCAUGGCCUGGGAGCGCCACUUCGAAAAGCGUGUAUUAUCUAUCCGGGAGAGAGAGUUGAUGUACCAAAAACAACACUUUUGGAUUGAGACGUUCUGGAAUGCUGUCUGGAGCGGUUCACCUCUGCUUGUGACAUUAGUUGCGUUUUGGCACUUCGCUGUCGUUCGCCAGCAACCACUCACACCGUCCAUUGCUUUCACCUCCAUCAUUGUCUUCUCGGACAUGAAGUACGCGCUCAACGGGUUACCCCAAACCCUAAUCAAUAUUCUAAGUUGCCUGGUCUCACUACGUCGGAUUGAAGAGUACUUGAACGGCGUUGAGAUUGACCGCGUCCCCCCGCGAGAGGAGCAAACGACGGAAAUCGGGUUUUUCUCCUGCUCUGUGACGUGGCCCGAAGCCCAGUGCCAAUCCAAUGUAUCGUAUUCCACGCCGUCCCCUUCGGCGACUCUCCGCAGCAAAUUCAUGCUCACCGACCUUACCCUCAAGUUCCCUCCGGGCGAGCUCUCAUUGAUCUGCGGCAAGCUAGGCUCCGGAAAGACGCUGUUGCUGCUUGCUUUGCUCGGAGAAGCGGAUGUCAUUCAUGGCAAGGUGCUCUGUCCUCGCUCUCCACCCGGCUCGAUCGCUUCGUGGUCUAUGGUUGAUUGGAGUAAGGAAGAAUGGGUGACUGAAGGAAUGUGCGCCUAUGUCCCUCAGGUCGCCUGGCUCCGAAAUGCGUCAAUCAAAGAGAACAUCUUAUUUGGACUGCCUUACCAUGAGGAACGAUAUCAGAAGACACUUGAGGUGUGUGCUCUCGUCAGUGAUCUAGGGACCCUAGAGGACGGGGACAGCUCAGAAAUAGGUGAACGUGGUGUUAAUCUCUCAGGCGGACAGAAGGCUAGAGUUUCUCUUGCUCGUGCUGUCUACUCUCGAGCUUCCAUCCUUUUCUUAGAUGACGUAUUGUCUGCAGUCGACGCCCAUACCGCGCGCCACAUAUACCACCGGUGCCUCAGGGGCGAACUGAUGAAGGGGAGGACAGUGAUCCUCGCAUCGCACCACGUCCAACUCUGUGCCACCAGAGCCGUCUACAUCGUGGCAUUGGACAACGGGCAUGUGAUGUUCGAGGGCAACCGAGAUGCCUUCAUCGCUUCUGGGGCCAUGAGUAAACUAGGACAAACUGGCUCGGAAACAGGACUGGAAAGCGAUGUCGUGGAGAAGAAGCAGUUGGUAGAGGUCGAAAAUGACAUCCUCGGCCAGGGCGAACGUAGUGAUUCAGAAACCCUUCUCUCGACCACGGGGAAAGAGAAACAAUCUCCCCGCCAGCUGGUGGAAGACGAAAAGAGGGAGGUUGGGCGCAUCAAGAAGGAUGUAUGGAUCACACUCUUCAGGGCCUGUGGAAGUGAUUGGUUCUGGGUUUCGUUCGGCUUAGUGUUCGGGCUUGCGGCACUCGUCCCUGUCGUGGAGAAUAACUGGCUCAGAUACUGGUCGGCAUCUGCCUUGGAAGGGUCAGGCGAGAAUCCAUCAUUUUAUAUCAGCGUCUACGCCGCCAUAAUCUGCUCUGGUCUCGUCAUCACCAUCUCCCGUUGGCUCGUGUUAUACCGUGGUUCCAUCCGUGCUUCUCAAGCACUCUACAAGGGCCUGUUGGAGGCCGUCUUGUUUGCCGACAUUCGCUUUCACGACACAGUCUCGCGUGGUCGCCUGCUGAACCGCUUUGGUCAAGAUUUCGAUGGCAUCGACAGCGGACUUGCGGAUAACCUGGGGCAAACCAUCAUCACAGCGCUAUCCGCCCUUACGACCAUCGUAACUGUCAGUGUCGUUGGAGGUGCUCCAUUUGUAGUGGCUAUUGCCAUCUUGGGACUAUUGUAUUGGAACGUUGCAAAGAUCUAUGGGCAAACUUCCCGCGACCUGAGACGCCUUAAUUCUAUCUCUACUUCUCCACUUUACUCCAUCUAUGAGGAGACGAUUGCUGGUGUCCAGGUGGUUCGGGCGUUUGGAGCAUCGUCAAACUUUUUAAGGGAAAUGAUUCAAUGUGUUGACACAAAUUCGAACCCCUAUUAUUGGAUGUGGGCAGUUAAUCGAUGGCUGGCAGUUCGGUUCAAUCUUCUCUCCUCAGUCAUUGUUGGAGUCACCGCCCUAUUGUGUAUUGUGACCCCUGGUAUCAAUGCUUCACUAGCCGGUUUUGCGCUUGCCUUUGCCACAACUGUCACGAACGACCUCCUGUUUAUGGUCCGACAAUUUGUCUCCCUCGAGCAGUCUAUGGUUGCGCUGGAGAGGGUGAAGGAGUACUCCGAGAUUAAACCUGAACCUGCCGAGUUCAUUGAACCUCGUCCGUCUGCGUCUUGGCCUUCCCAAGGCGAAAUAAAAGUCGAGGAUCUUGUCAUCCGCUAUGCGCCUGACCUUCCCGACGUGUUGCAUAAGCUAUCAUUUUCUGUCAAGCCAGGGGAGAAGGUAGGAAUCAUAGGGAGAACUGGCUCGGGGAAAAGCACACUAGCGCUUUCGUUCCUCCGAUUUGUGCAGCCCACCAGCGGGCGCAUCUUGAUCGACGGGCUCGACAUUUCCAAGAUUGGUCUUACUGACCUCCGCAGUCGCAUAACUAUCGUGCCCCAGGACCCUACAAUUCUCAGCGGCACUCUACGCUCCACUCUUGAUGUCUUUGGACAGUAUGAGGAUGCAGAGAUAUAUGAAGCACUUCGACGGGUGCACCUGUUACCUUCUGGAGGCGACAUGGAAACCCCGGAGUCCAAUGCAUUUCGAGAUCUAGACUUUCCGGUUUCUGAAGGGGGAGAAAAUUUCUCAACUGGAGAGAAACAACUGUUGUGUAUGGCGCGCGCAAUCCUGAAGCGUCCGAAAGUUCUUAUAAUGGACGAGGCAACAGCAAGCGUGGACUAUGCGACGGACGAGCUGAUCGGCAAAACGAUUCGGGGCGAAUUCGCAGAGAGCACGAUCUUCACAAUUGCCCAUCGAUUGCGGACAGUAAUUAAUUAUGACCGAGUCAUGCUCCUGGAUCAAGGACAUAUCAUCGAGUUCGACAAGCCUGCUACCUUGCUCAGCGAUUCAAACUCCAAAUUUUAUGCAUUGUGCAAAGCGACAGGAAAGGAGGAAUUUACUAUGCUUGUUAGGAGGGCGGAAGGUUAUGGACCAGUAGAAUGA